AUGGUUGAGUGUUCUCGCCGAAGCGUAUCCAUUCCUGGAGGAGCUGAGACUGAAGAGAAUGGCAGUUUGCUAUUCAUUGCAGUCCUAAAAGGGAAUGCUUCAGGGAUCUUGGGUCUAAUAAUUGUUGAUGAAAUGUCUGUUUUAGUUGAGAUCGAUAGCAAACAUGAAGCUGCUAGUGCUUAUGCUGAUGCAACUCACUCAUACAAGAAAAUAAGCACCAAGGUGUGCAUAGCUAACCUAGAGCAAGCAUUAAACAUUUUCAUGGAAAUUGGAAGACUCAGCAUGGCUGCCAGAUAUUGCAAGGAAAUUGUUGAGUUAUAUGAACAGGAGCAAAAUUUGGAGCAAGCUAUUGCUUACUAUAAUAAAGCAUCUGAUCUUUUUCAGGGUGAAGAAGUAACAACUUCUGGAAACCAAUGCAAGCAGAAAAUCGCACAAUUUUCAGCUCAAUUGGAAUAUGUCUUUCAGUAUCCUUCAAACCAAUUGCAACAAUUUGAAAAUGUUCCAACCAUAUAUCAUGUUGAUCCAGUAAAUUAUCCUGAAUCUGAUCACCCUUCAAGCAUUCCAAACCCACAUAUUGUAUCCACUGGUUUGAAAUUAUUAUCUGAUGAUGAGGAAAGAAACUCCUUAAUCACUUCAGCAAGUGGAAGCAUGAUUAGAGCAGCACCACUUAUGUCUUCUUUUGGUGAUAGUUUCACAAUUGAACUUGAUCGACAGAAUGAAGAACUUGAAAGAUACAUUAUGCUUCAGAAAGAAGUAUCUCAGUUGCAAAGCGUGAUUAAUGGGGGAACUGGAAUUGGAAAUCAUGAAAAUGAUGCUUGGGCGGUGGGAUCUCUGGGAGGCUUCAGAUGGGAAUGGUUUCAUGGAUCAUUUAGUCCAGUUACUGCUGUUAAACGGAUGUCUCAAGUACUUGUUAUUGUCACUGAUAAAAUAAAGAGGGAAAAAGAUAAAGACCUUACAUUACAGGCAGUAACCGUUGAAAUCCAGGCUGCCAUGAAAUUGGCAAAACAAAGGGAAGAUGAGAUCCAGGGAUUGAAAUUGAGAUUAAGGUUUUGUGAGGCUGCAGUAAAGAGGCUUGAGGGUGUGGACAAAGUGAGAGAAGUUGAAGGAAACCCUAAUUUUUCCAACAAGGAUGUCGGGUGA